AUUCAAACGACAUCGCUUAAAAACGGAUAUGCAACAGCUUCCCUAUCGCAGGCAGCUCAAGGUAGCAAACAUUGUUGCAUCACGAAGUCACAAACACCUGGGCACGAAUAACGCGCGUUUGCGAGCUUGAUAAUCAAACCCUGUCAAAUGAUUUUGUAGAAGGACAUACCAACCAGGUCAACAAACAAAAACAUAAUGCAACCAUAAUUCAAUAAAAUGGUAAAGAUUGUACUUUUCUGGCGCUUAUCUUAAGCCUCCAUCAUUGUCCCUCACAAAGGUAGCGCUAAGGAAGCUACAAGGUAAGGAAAGAAUUCGAUUGUAUGGGAUGAUCAAUCCAAUCGUCCAAAUCAUUGGUAGGUUUCACCGAAAACCAAUCCGUGUGGUGCUGUUGCCGUGUGUCGGUCCUCGAUAAGAUAAGUAACUAUAACCUACAGCAACCGAGUUUGUGUUGUAACGUCACGAGGCAGAGUGCAUCGGUGAAAAUAAAUACAUGUUUUCGACUAGUUUUCGGGACAGUUGAGCGUGAGGCAAGCUAUUGGAUAGUGUUUGGAAAGUUAAACUACAGAGUACAACAAAAUGCUUAAAGCGGUGCUGAUUGCCGUCUAUCUUCCGUCGUUAAUUUACGGCAUUGCUGUGAGACCAUGUGCCAACAAUGCUCCCGUUCCGCAGGAAGUACGCGUCGUUGGCUGUACCGCCGAACCGUGCACGGUGCAGAUCGGUGGGCUGGUGGACAUGGAUCUAGACUUUGUGGCACCCCGGGCCACUAACGGUAUGCGCGCCACCCUGGACAUCUUUCUUGGAACGUUUCGGGUGCCGUACGAUCUGCCGGUGGAGCAGCAGAAUGCGUGCAACUUUUUGAAGGAUGGCAACUGCCCGUUGACGCCCGGUGAGUUUGUCAACUACCAUCUGAGCACACCAGCGGCAGCACCGUUCGCGGGCAUCACCGUUGAUCUGCAGCUGCAGCUUGCAGACGAUAAUGGACAGGCCCUGCUUUGCUUCCGAUCAUCGGCUAGAAUUGUUUCGGGCUAAACUAUGGGAUUUGGCACUUGUUGAGUGAGGAAUAAAAAUAGCUGUUUCCAAGUAAAA